CCUUCAGCAGCAGCAGCAGGUUUAGCACCGAAGUGCGGCUCCGCGGGCUCCCCUUCUGCUUUCGCGUAUUCAUCAUUCAAUUUCAUUCGCUCUUUCGCAGACAUUUUUGAUCGAAACGAAAAGACGAGGAGUUUGUUCAAGUUUUGUGUUUGAAUCGUUUCCUCAGUUUAAUACUCCCGUGGCGGAAGAAGUUUUUGCGAAAGUGCGACCCGGAAUUGGAUCGUGUGUUAUCAUCUGUUGAAUAAUUGUACAAUAAUUGAAGACCCAGCGGAACGCAAAUUAUCUUUUGUCGCUCGAUCGGGUGUGUAGCAAGCAAGACGAAACGAAAAAGCAGCCCGAUAAAGGAUGGCUCUCAAUCCGCAGUACGAGAUAAUUGGCAAAGGAUUCGUUUCCACCUACUACGCAUUGUUCGAUGAUCCGAACCAACGGCACUCUUUGGUUACGAUGUACAACGCUGAAUCAUCGUUUAUGACAUUUGAAGGCCAGCAAAUUCAGGGGUCAGCGAAAAUCGCGGAGAAAUUACAAAGUCUAACGUUCCAAAAAAUUAGCCGGGCAAUCACGGCAAUUGACUCUCAGCCUAUGUUCGAUGGAGGUGUGCUAAUCAAUGUUUUAGGAAGAUUACAGACCGACGAAGAUCAGCCCCACGCGUACACGCAAACGUUUGUGCUGAAACCGAUCGGAACCAGCUUCUUCGUUCAGCAUGACGUUUUCAGAUUAGCGCUGCACGAUUUGGCAUAGCGUGUGAACUGUCGGCCCGUUGUCACUCCCUUUGCUGCCUAGAUAAAACAUAAAAAAUAAGAGUUGUUAUCCUCCGCAAAACUGCAUCAAGCUAUUGAGAUGAUCAUCAACUACCGUGUAACGUUGUUGUCCAUUUAACGGCCGGCUCUCAGCCGCUGUCUGUGGCAUAUGGUGGUGCGACGACAUCCGGCAGCCGUGAUGAAUGCGAGCAAGCAGAUGAAAAUAACGUAUAGAAUUCUAUGAAAUUUUGUAUAAAAAAAAAAUAAUGCGAUCGGAGAGCGAAAAGUGAUGAAGCACACACACAGUGACUGCACGCAAUUUGGUUAGAAGCAUUACUUAGGGUCGGACACAAGCAUUAAUACUGUUGAUAUAAUCCUAUGAUUAUUUCUUCUUCCGUGCACUAUUAUUAAGGAAGCAACCUGAAAAUCUAGAGAUAGGUACCUACCUACCUGUCCGGAAAGGAUCAAAAUCUCUGAUAAUUUAAACUUUUAUCCGUACUGCUUCUAUUUAUGUUUGUUUUAACUAACAGCUUGACAUUGAAGGGAGAUAUAAUAAAUUAUUAUGAUCACAAACCGUUUGUGC